AUGUUUCUGACGUUGAAGGAGUUGGUACGAUGGUUUGGGAUGACUGCGUUUGAAAUAUGGGUUCACUUGGUGACAAUAUUUAUAUUUUCCAUUCUGGUCGUGCUGAAACAGGAAGCUGUGAUCGACAUGAGCUGGUGGUCGGCAUUCACACCUCUAUAUGUCGCCGACGGACUCAACACGUAUUUCUGCAUCAUAGUUUUCAUACGUCAGUAUCAGGACUACGCUUUUAGACCAGCAGGCUUGAGACUUUUGUCAUCGCUGCUGUGUUGUUCGUUACUGUUUGUGUUUAAGUUUUUAUUGUGCCAGAAGUUUAGUGAACGAUCAUCGAGACUGUCUCACACAGAAGUGAUCGCACCAUUGUUCCCGUUGUUAGUGAUACUGUCAAUAAGAUCAUGCCAGGCUCAGCAACACUAA